AAUAUAUUUAAAUACAUAAAAAAUAAAUCUUUUUUUGACCAUAGCUAAAGACCUUUUUUUGACCAUAGCUGUAAUUGUGUGAAAGUAAUUCAGCACUUUCUAGAAUUCUUCUUUAAACAUUUAUGCUUAGGUAUCUUCAUUCUCAAAGUGAGGUAAAUCAUUGGGCGAAACAUGGUUGGAAAUAGUUUUUUACUACAUCUUCUGCUCACUGCCAUUGUGGGACGGUCUGCUAAAGCACAGGACGAGACUUCUACUGAUAAGGACAUCCAAACAGCCAAUCAGACUAUAGAUCCUUUGUUGAUUUCUGUGACAUCAGAGGGGCCUCCAACUUUGACCACACCUGCAGAGGUGGAGGAGGAUACUGUGCCAUCCACUGGCACCCGCUGCCGGGGUUACUAUGAUGUCAUGGGUCAGUGGGACCCUCCCUUUAAUUGUAAUGCAGGUAUCUUCUUGUACUGUUGCGGCACCUGUUUCUACCGGUUCUGCUGUCAGUUCCGUCAGCAGCGACUGGAUCAGACCUCCUGCUCCAACUAUGACACUCCAAUUUGGGCCAACACUGGAAAACCUGUGGCCACCAACACUGAGGUGCAGCCAGACCAUGAGCGGGAUCGGACUCACAUGAUUGUGUACAUCAUCUGUGGUGUGGUGGCCAUCAUGGUCCUGGUGGGAAUCUUCACCAAACUGGGGCUGGAGAAGAGCCGGGGAGGCCAGAAUGACCUCAGUAACUCCAGGACUCUGCAGGAGUUGCUGAAGCAGCCAGGUGGGGAGUUAAGUCCUGUGGAUGGACCUCUGAGCAGCACAACAUCUAUCGGAGCAAAUGGUAUCUCUGCCAGGAUGCUUCGCAGCCGCAGUGAGCAGUACCAUCUAAACAAUGCUGGCUUCUCUUUUGGUACAUCGGCCAGACUCUCUCAUCCUCAAAGCAACAACAGUAUACCAGGCCUGGCGCUGAAUAAGUACAACUCUCUGAAAGCAGUUGCUGAUACUGCAAGCAGGGGCUACUACAAAAGUUAUCCACUAAUGGAUUUCUCUCAGCAUCAUUCCCCUCCUGCAACUUUCCAACCGAUGCAGAUGCACCCGAAAGACAAGUCCCAUCUCCACCAGGUCCUCCCUUCCCAUGACAUCCAUUCCCCCCUUUCGAUCUCAAUCCCAACCAACCAGCUGGAGAGGACCCGCAUCCCAAAAACCAUCACCCACCCUCAGCUUUCCAGCUCAACCUUCAAAGCUUGGGAUUCUGGACAAAGACAUGUCCACCGGCAGACCUCGCAUCCAGGGCACUCCACUCGCCGCCAGUCCAACAGCAGCAGGAGACAGUACAGCACAGAAACACUACCGGAGUUCCUCUCCCAGCCCACAGGCUAUGGGGGACAACCACUGUAUCAGCCACAUCCCAAACUUAAGGCCUACCAGACCAACAGCAAGAUGGAGGUCACUGUCUGAGGAAACAAGAAAGAAAGAAACAACAAUGCUGACUGUUACCAGACUGUAUGCACAAAGACAAAUAUGAGGACUACAGGUGAAUCUCAAUAAAUUAGACUGUCGUGGAAAAGU